GAGCGUCAUCAACGCAAGCAUCUCCCGAUUCUUCGCAACGCUAAAGAACCAUUUGUUUUCCCCCCAAAGUUUCUUCUAGACACUGACUGGCAAUUCCGAAAUUACGCCCGAAACCAGUGUCAAAUUACAUCUCGCCCCUCGCUUUAUUUUUUUUUCCCCCUAAUCUCCUGUUCGAGGAGCUCAAGAUUUCAACCAAGAGGGAAGAGACUGUGAUUUUGGGAGACAAGAAGCGGAGACGGAUUGAAAACAUAUAAAAGAGGAGGGAAGGGGGAGGUGGAACGAAAAAACACGCCACUUCAAAGUGUUCUUUCUUCGGUUUGCUUCUUUUUGAAGCUUACUUCGCUAUCGAAGCCCGGGAAUUAGGGUUUAGGGGGGUUUUCUAGGGUUUUGGGGCUUGUUUCGGUUCGAUUCGGGACUGUGUUAGAGCUUGAGGGCUGUGUUCAACUAUGGCCGCCGAGAAGCUUCUGGAUUUGAGCCAGCCGAUCGAUGUGCCCUUGCUCGAUGCCACGGUCGCGGCGUUCUAUGGGACGGGAUCUAAGGAGGAGAGAUCAGCUGCCGACCGGAUAUUGCGGGAUUUGCAGAACAAUCCAGAUACAUGGCUGCAAGUAGUUCACAUUCUACAAAACACACAGAACCUAAACACCAAGUUCUUUGCCCUUCAGGUUCUAGAAGGUGUCAUCAAGUACAGGUGGAAUGCUUUGCCUGUUGAACAACGAGAUGGAAUGAAAAAUUACAUUUCAGAAGUCAUUGUGCAGCUUUCAAGUAAUGAAGCAUCUUUUCGGCGGGAAAGGCUUUAUGUCAAUAAACUCAAUAUCAUAUUGGUCCAGAUUCUGAAACAUGAGUGGCCAGCAAGAUGGCGAAGUUUUAUUCCUGAUCUUGUUUCAGCAGCAAAAACUAGUGAAACAAUAUGUGAAAACUGCAUGGCUAUAUUGAAGCUUCUCAGCGAAGAGGUUUUUGAUUUUUCAAGAGGGGAAAUGACUCAGCAGAAGAUUAAGGAGCUUAAACAGUCACUUAAUAGUGAGUUUCAACUUAUUCAUGAGUUAUGCUUGUAUGUACUAUCGGCAUCACAAAGGACUGAGCUCAUACGGGCAACACUUGCAACAUUGCAUGCUUUUCUUUCAUGGAUUCCUCUGGGAUAUAUUUUUGAAUCUCCACUGCUGGAAAAACUCCUUAAUUUCUUUCCGGUGGCAUCAUAUAGGAAUCUUACUCUCCAGUGUUUGAUAGAGGUCGCAGCCCUUCAAUUUGGAGACUUCUAUGAUGCACAGUAUGUUAAAAUGUAUGAGUUUUUUAUGGUGCAAUUACAGACAAUUCUUCCACUUGGAACAAACAUUCCAGAUGCUUAUGCUCACGGUUCCAGUGAGGAGCAGGCAUUUAUUCAGAACCUGGCAUUGUUUUUCACUUCAUUUUACAAGGCACAUAUUCGAGUGCUUGAAGCCACUCCAGAUAAUAGAUCUGCACUUCUAAUGGGUCUUGAAUAUCUAAUUGGCAUUUCAUAUGUUGAUGAUACAGAGGUUUUUAAGGUCUGCUUGGACUAUUGGAACUCUCUGGUCUUGGAGUUGUUUGAGGCACAUCAUAAUUUAGAUAAUCCUGCAGCUACUGCAAACAUGAUGGGGCUUCAGAUGCCAUUUACUUCUGGUAUGCCUGAUGGGUCACAACUUAUGCAACGGAGACAGCUUUAUGCCAUACCGAUGUCAAAGUUGAGAAUGCUGAUGAUUUGUCGUAUGGCCAAGCCUGAAGAGGUUUUGAUUGUUGAGGAUGAAAAUGGGAAUAUUGUGCGUGAAACUAUGAAAGACAAUGAUGUUCUUGUUCAAUAUAAGAUCAUGAGGGAAACACUGAUAUAUUUGACACAUCUUGAUCACGAGGAUACUGAGCAACAGAUGUUGAAGAAGUUAAGUAAACAGCUGAAUGGCGAGGAGUGGACGUGGAAUAACUUAAACACAUUAUGCUGGGCAAUAGGAUCUAUAUCUGGGUCCAUGAUGGAGGAGCAGGAAAAUAGAUUCCUAGUGAUGGUCAUUCGUGAUCUGUUGAACUUGUGUGAAUUUACCAAAGGAAAAGAUAACAAGGCUGUCAUUGCAAGCAACAUUAUGUAUGUAGUUGGACAAUAUCCAAAGUUUCUAAGAGCCCAUUGGAAGUUCUUGAAAACUGUUGUUAACAAGUUGUUUGAAUUCAUGCAUGAAACACACCCAGGAGUUCAGGAUAUGGCCUGUGAUACAUUCCUAAAAAUUGUUCAGAAAUGCAAGCGCAAAUUUGUUGUUCUACAGGUUGGGGAAAAUGAACCUUUUGUUUCUGAACUUUUAACAGGCCUUCCCACAACUGUUGCUGAUCUUGAGCCCCACCAGAUCCAUACAUUUUAUGAAUCUGUUGGUCAUAUGAUUCAAGCUGAAUCGGAUCCCCAGAAGAGGGAUGAGUAUUUACAGAGGUUGAUGGAACUUCCAAAUAGGAAAUGGGCAGAAAUUAUAGGACAGGCACGCCAGAGUGUGGAUUUUCUUAAGGAUCAAGAUGUUAUCAGGACUGUACUAAACAUUCUGCAGACAAAUACCAGUGUUGCAAGUUCACUUGGGACUUACUUCUUAUCACAAAUCACAUUGAUCUUUCUGGACAUGCUUAACGUUUACAGAAUGUACAGCGAGCUUAUAUCAAAUAGCAUUGCGGAAGGUGGGCCCUAUGCCUCUAAGACGUCUUACGUAAAGCUUCUGAGAUCAGUUAAGAGGGAGACUCUGAAACUUAUUGAGACAUUUUUGGACAAAGCUGAAGAUCAACCACAAAUUGGAAAGCAGUUUGUGCCACCAAUGAUGGAUCCCGUUCUUGGGGACUAUGCUAGGAACUUGCCUGAUGCUAGGGAGUCUGAGGUUUUGUCACUUUUCGCUACUAUCAUAAACAAGUACAAGGCAGUUAUGACGGAGGAUGUUCCUCGCAUAUUUGAGGCAAUUUUUGAGUGCACACUUGAGAUGAUUACAAAGAACUUUGAAGAUUAUCCAGAGCAUCGGCUAAAGUUCUUUUCAUUGCUUCGUGCAAUUGCAACAUAUUGUUUCCCUGCAUUAAUUCAUUUGUCAAGUCAGCAACUCAAGCUCGUCAUGGAUUCUAUUAUUUGGGCUUUCCGGCACACUGAAAGGAAUAUUGCUGAAACUGGUCUCAACCUUUUAUUGGCGAUGCUGAAAAAUUUUCAGGCUUCCGAAUUUUGCAAUCAAUUCCAUCGGACGUACUUUUUGACAAUUGAGCAAGAGAUUUUUGCGGUCUUGACCGACACAUUCCAUAAACCUGGUUUCAAGCUUCAUGUAUUGGUGCUUCAGCACUUGUUUUGCCUGGUGGACUCUGGUUUAUUGACAGAACCAUUGUGGGAUGCUUCUACUGUUCCUUAUCCGUAUCCCAACAACACAAUGUUUGUUCGUGAAUUCACCAUAAAACUUUUGGGUACAUCAUUCCCCAACAUGACAACAGCAGAGGUCACACAUUUUGUAGAUGGGUUAUUUGAGUCGAGGAAUGACCUCCCUACAUUUAAGAAUCAUAUCCGUGACUUUCUUGUUCAGUCAAAGGAGUUCUCAGCCCAGGAUAAUAAAGAUCUCUAUGCUGAAGAAGCAGCGGCUCAAAGGGAGAGAGAGCGCCAGAGGAUGCUUACUAUUCCAGGACUAAUUGCGCCGAACGAACUGCAAGACGAGAUGGUUGACUCAUAGCUAAGCUAACUGGGUGAUCUCUGAUUGUGCUAAUCCCAUGUGCCUUCUUCACUCUAAAAUCUCAAAGGGCGCCUUGUAUUGAUUACCAGGUUUGCUAGGUGACCAGACUGGCGUUCUUUAAUUUUAUUUUAUUUUUGUUUUCCGCCAAUUUUUCUUGUUAGAUAGGUGGAUCGUGAAAGCGCCACACCUGGUGCAAGGGCUGUCUGUGGGCUGCUGGUGAUACUUGCAGGACGAUUGUGUUGUUAGUUGAAGUAGGAGAUGGCUCUUCUCUGGGAGUUGGUUAUGCUAAUGUAGAGAUAUAGUGAGGAAUUUUCUGGCCGUCUUGAAUUUGGCCCGAUGUUUGUGUUUCUUUUUACUGGAGUUCGAGGCAUCGCGAAGCUAGUGGUGAGAUCUGACUAUUUGGAAUGUCUCUUUAAAUCGAUUGGCGAUUCAACAUAGUUUUACUGUAUACUAACUUGGCUGGGUUUGCAGAAAUGGUUUUAUUUCUGCUUUAGCCAUUAUUGUAUUUUUCAGUGAUUGAAGAAGCUUCAUUUUUUUUCCUCCCAUCUUAUUUUUGUAUUUGUCAGCCGUAGCGCUUAAUAUUAAAAGUUUAAAACAAGGUUCAUUGGUUUGGUC